CAUUUUCGUUUUGAUUAUAUUUAUCUGACUUUCUUUGGAUACAAUCAGAUAAAUAAUAAUUUUCUUUUUUAGAUAGAAUAAAACUAACAUUACGGCAAAAACCAUCAACAACAAAAAAUAAAUCCCACAAUUAGUUUUGGGUUGCGUCGAACAAAAUGAAUGAAGAUCAUAAAUUUUAUUUUCAAUUAUUCUCGAUUCGAGAUGUGGAUGUUUUACAAAUAUGGAAACAAUUGGCCACCAAAAAAAAGAUCAAAACUAAGGAUGUGAAAAAAUUUUUGGAUGUAAUUAUGCUCAAUCAAGAAGAUCUUUGUAAACGUGAAAUUAUUCGAGGAUUUUUCGAGGAAAUGUUACGACAAAAUUUAUUCGAAUGUAAAGUUUAUAGUUUUGGAUCGACAACAAGUGGUCUUAGUCUAUAUGAUUCUGAUAUUGACUUUCAUGUAAGAUUAUAUCUUCCAAAUGGUAAAAUUCGUCGUCUAAACAAACAAGAAUCUAAAGCGCCUUUGAUGGAAAUGAGAAAAAUUUUUCGAUCAAAACUUAAUCAUUAUUUUUCUACAUUAUUCAUUGAUGCAUCAUGUCCGAUUAUUAAAUUGAAUUCGAAUAGAAAUCGAAUCAAUCGUAAAAUGUUCACCUGUGAUCUAAAUGUAACCAAUCCAUUUGGCAUCUAUAAUUCAAUAUUUUUAAGUUUUCUUUGCGAAUUUUGUCCAAAAUUUCAAAUGGUUGCCGUAUUGUUACGUUUAUGGGCAAAAUGUAAUGAUCUAAUUUGUUUUUCAUCAAUGAAUUCAUAUACGUUUACAAUGUUGGUUUUAUUCUUUUUUCAAAAUGAAAAAAUAUUAUUACCAUUCGAACAACUUGGUAUCAAUUUUAGUGACUAUUUUUUUGAAACAGAUCCAGAUACAUUUAAACAAUUGAUUCGUGACAAAUGUAAAGCAUUAGUUUGUGAAACUGAACUUUCGAUUUUUGAUUUAUUACGAAGAUUUUUUGUUUUUUAUGCAAAAUUUGAUUAUUAUCAAUUUGUUAUCAGUACUCGAUUGGGCAGACCGAUUCGAAAGAAUGAAUUUAUCGAUAUUAUUGUCGAUGGUGGUUAUGAUUUUACAAUGAAUAAUACAUUGUGCGUAGAAGAUCCAUUCGAAUUGGAAAGAAACAUUUCGAAAAAUAUCAAAUUUAUUAAAAUCAUUCAAUUUGUUCAACAAUGUGAAGAAUUACGAAAAAAAGAUAAUAAUUAUUUUCGUGAUGGACAGAAUUUUUUCAAAUUUAUUACUAAAAAACGUUUUAAUGAAUAUCGUACACCAGCAUUGAUUAAUCCAUGCCUAUGUUGUAUUAAAUCAGUGUUAGAAUCAAAUAAUGAAAAUUUUUUCUACAAUUUUAUGGUCUAUUAUGGUGAAAAUAUAAUCCAAAAAUUUAGAGAAUUUCACUUGAAUGAGAAAAAUUUUUCCAAUGCUGAUAUAAAAGGUCAAGUAAUCGAAAUGAAUGAACAUUUCGAAUCAUUUAAAGAAUUUUUGUUACAAAACUUGUUAAAACAAUUUGAAAAACCAAUUUAUAUCACUGAUUUAACAAUUGAAACGACAAAAAGAAUUAAAAAGAAUAAUGCUUCUAAAUCUAGAAGAAUGGCCAAGAAUUUAAAUCCGAUUCUUCCUGGACCUAGUAAUCGAUUAUCAUCUCAAUCUAAUGAAAUUCCAAUGGAAUUGGAUAAUGAUCAAUCGGAAAUACUUAAUGAUAACAAGAAAAAACAAGUUCAAAAUUUUGAUCAAAAUAUUCCCGGACCUAGUAAUCGAUUACCGAUUGAAGAUGAUGAAAUUCAUAUGGAAUUUGAUGAUGAUCAACCAAAUACAUGUUGGAAAAAAACACAAGAUCAUGAUAAAAAUUUCGAAUUAAUAACCGAACGAUUUCGUACAUCAUUAGUAUUGAUGCAGUGUGGAGAAAAUUUUGGUUAUUUUUCAUUGCUCGGAUCACCGUAUAAUACAUCACGAUUAGUUACAUUUAUUCAGAAAAAAAUCUGUUCAUGUCGACCACAACAACGUCAACGUAAACGAUUUGAAGACAAUAAUUCAAAACAAAAAAUGAAAAAUAAAAAACAGCCACUGCCUUCAUCUGAAAAAAACAAACAAACAAACAAACAAAUGAUUUGAAUUUAAAAUUGUCAAAUUGAAAUUUAAU